AAAAAUGUUGUGGACAAAUACGAAGAUGUUGUGCUGGAGUGUGAGGUGAUCGGCUCACCUAACCCAACCAUACACUGGUUGAAGAACGGCAAGAGAAUCCUUCAGGUGAGACACAUGUUCAGCACUCAAUAGUCACAGACGUUCGGAGUUAUUUUCAACCGACCUAUUGAAAUUUAAUGAACAAAAAUUUUAAAAGCAGUUUAUUUGCCUAGAGCAUCUUAUCGUAUGUGCGAGAAAUCGUAAUGGCAUUUUUCACACAACAAUUCCCAUACUAAGUUAUGAUAUUUAUCUUUAAGAGCCAUUCGUUUAGAAUUAUGCGAGCUCAAAUUUCUUACUUCAGAAUGAGUUUCAGUGAAUAUUUCAAAUUAAAAAAAAAAAAACAAACAAAAAAAACAACAACAACAUUUAUAAACAUUUGGUUAACAUAGUUUUGAUUCUACACAAUGAAGUGGUCAUGGAUCAUGGGGUCAGUUGCUGUUGGAAUGAUUGAGGGGUACGUUUUGUAAACACGACCUUUGACCUCUUACAGGGCAGCUCCCAAAACUUCAAGGACGACGUUCCACAGUACGAGCUGAAUGAUGUCAGCGGAACCAGUAAGCUCCAGCUGGCCGGCACCAGAUCUAACCUGUACCUGGACUGCGUCAACGAGGCAGAUGAGGGUGUGUACACGUGCGUCGCCGAGACACCAACUUUGAGAAAGACACAGUCGCACACUGUCACCAUUGGUGAGUUCAGGGGCUAAUUUAUGACUUUGCGAUUCCACGAUUCAAAACGAUGCGAGGUAUUCAAUCAACCACACCCAUAGUACACACCAUUUCUACAAUAAUAUAUAUUUUUUUUUGAAAGUUAUACUAUUUAGAGGCGUAGCGAGGGGGGGCAGGGGGCAGAUGUCCCCGGGCGCCAGCUAGUUAGGGUCGCCAAAAUGUGCUUUGUUAUUAUUUUAUUGAUGAAAAUAAUGGUUUGAGAGUUGAAAAAAAGAAAAAGGGGCACUUUCGAAUGGAUCUUGUCCCCGGGCGCCAAACAUCCUCGCUACGCCUCUGAUACUAUUGCCAAUAAAUAAAUAUAUUAUUGUCAAGAUAAGAAAUUCUCAAAGACUAAAAAUUGAAGCAUAUUCUAGAUGAUAUUAUUGUGUCUGUAUGUUCGGAUGUUUUCGGUGCUCCUUGUGCAAGAUAGAUAAUCAUGCAAUGUAAAAUAUUCUUCAAAAAUAAAUUUUAAAAAUAUAUUUGAUGUUGCAGGGGGUUCUUCCUUUGAUGACCUUCCAGGUGAAAGUCGAAAAUGUGGAAGCAAAAACAGCAGAGGUAAGCAAUUGUUGCUCACAGACUUCAUUUGUGUUGCAUCACUUUUCUAGUAGAGUUCAGCAGAGCGUUGUGGAGAGCGGUGUUGAGAUUUUUUUAUUUAUUUCGUUUUGUUGGGAACAUAUUGAUGAACUUUUUUUUUUUUUUUGGUCUCCCUUUGGUCAGGUAAACCAGCCAGAAUCUACAUGUGGUCCAAGAGCCGAUUUGAAUACAAUCACGUGGUGACCCAGCUCUACUGCCGUGCUCAGGGCAACCCCACACCAUCCAUUGCAUGGAUAGACGCCUCUGGCAAACCCAUCGUCAGUGAAGAUGGCUACAAGGUAAACAAUCUCAUUUAUUGUUGAUCAAAUCAGUUAAACAAAAUUGAUGAUUUAAAAAAAAUUAAAACUCAUAUAGAGACUGAUAAUGAUAAAUAAAUGAUAUUUUUUUUUUAUAUGUGCUUAAAAAUAUCAGCCUAACAGCACUAAGACAACAGAGUCCAAGGUUUUGAAAUAUAUAUUUUGUGUUGUUUUUUCCCCCACCUUCAGAUUACCAAUAGCGGUGACCUCGUUAUCAUGAACCCCAACUGGGAAGAGCACAUGGGAUCGUAUACUUGUAUUGCAGACAAUGGAGUAGGCACAGACUCCCAGUCGACCUUCUUUUAUCCAGUAAGUGAGACUUAA